AUGUUACAGCGUGGCUUUCAUUCCUACGCGUUGUCAGCCAUAAUCGGCUGCCUCUGCUUCCUCGGUCGUCUGCAAUGCGAAGCUGUAGAUCACUCUGCUAUCCUGCCAAUAUGGCACGUCCUUCUCACUCCCACCUUUGAUCGCUAUGGCGAUCCUGCGGCCUUGAAGGUGCAACAGACCGUCGCAAACUUCACCUUUGAUGCCUCGUCCGACAUAUUCUCCCUUUUCGAAGCCAUUGCCAACCUAGCACUGGGCCAUACUACCAACGAUGGACUGACUUUCCACGACGACCAUGGCGAGAUUAACGUGACAAGUCGCCUAGUCACAUCGGCUGCGGGCACACAGCGAAUCUGGACAACUACAAGGACCACUGCCGGCAAUGUCACCGUCUCAUAUACUGCUCUGCCACGUCCUCUGCAAGAAGAUGCGCCACCAGGACCGGCACUGGACUUUCGACGAGAUGGUCAUGGAGCUAUAGGUUCUGGUUAUGGGAUAAUAGCCCUGCCCUUUAUGCCUAAGGAGCCACGCAUUCGCACCACGCUUGAAUGGGACCUCUCGAGCGCUGAUCCCGAUGUAUCAGCUGUUUCCAGUCGAGGUCCAGGCAACAAGUCUAGUACCACAGAAGGCCAAUUCAGUAUGGAAGAGUUGCAAGAAUCUUUCCUCCUGUUUGGCCGACUUCAGAAAGCAAUCCAUGAAGCCCCUGGGCCAGCUUUCAACAUUUACUGGUUUACUGAACCUCCAUUUGACAUCGAUCACCUCAGUACAGUCCUGAAGGAUCUUUAUGUCUAUAUGAUAUCAUUCUUCCAGGACUCAGGCCAAGACUUUCGCAUAUUCUUACGCCACAAUGCGCAUGGCUCGCUCACCGGCACGGCUCUCCCCAACUCUUUCGUUUUUGGCUGGGACGAUACAGAAAUGACUUAUCCCUUGACGCAAUACCAGCGAGAAGAAAUCCUCGCACACGAAAUGUCGCAUAACUGGGUUCUCCUGCCAGGGGCACAGGUGUCGGAGAAUUGGUACACCGAGGGUCUUGCCGAUUAUUAUUCGGUUCUUUUGCGCUAUCGCUCAAAUUUGCUCUCGGCCGAACAAUAUCUUCAUGAGAUCAAUCAGAAAAUGACCGCCUAUUACACCAACCCACUCGUCAACGAAGACAUGGCCAACGUUGCAAAGCUGACGUGGAAUUGCUCUCACGCGCAGCGUGUCCCAUAUGGUCGAGGGUUUGCAUUUGGAUUGCUACUCAAUGGCUUGAUCAAGAGUUCAACAUCGAACAAAAAGAAUCUCGAUGAUGUCGUAGUUGCGCUAUCGCGAAUGUCUCGAAGCGGCGGGAGACACAAUGUGACAGACUUUGCAAGCCUUGUAAACGACUUGAUAGGUCCAAGAGGUCACAAUGCUUUUCGGCACAUCGAAGAAAUGGAGGCUGGCAUCAUUUUGAUUCCUCCGAGCAAUGCCUUGGAGUCGGAACUUUCAGUGCAACGCGUGCGCCAUGAUGUACCUGCUUUCGAGCUAGGAUUCGACGAGAAGUCAUUGCUCUCUGAUCCACAUCUUGUCACAGGACUUGUGAAAGGAUCCCGAGCACAAGAAGCAGGUCUACUGAAUGGAGACAUUGUUGCUAUGCCGUUCACCUCCAUGUACAACCAAGCAAAAGAUAACCUCUGGCUUCAUAUGGUUCUUCACGUUACACGCACGGACGACACAGCCUCCAAGCAUAUGGUGGUGGAGUAUUGGCCGAGAGCAAGGAGGCUUGUGGAAGCAUAUCAUUAUGAGCCAACGGGACAUACGGAUCUGUGA